CCUGUCCGGGAGGAAGCCAGUACAAGAGCUGUGGGAGCAGGUGUCCUUCCACCUGCGUGACUCCCGCUCCAUUUAGCCCUUGCAGCUCCUUACCAGUGGAAGGCUGUUUCUGUAAGGAAGGCUACGUUCUGAGUGGAGACACCUGUGUGCCUGAGAGCAGCUGCGGUUGUGUGGAUGGAAACAACCACUAUCAUCAGCUGGGUGAAAACUGGUUCACCCACGAUGCCUGCACUGAGCGCUGCACCUGCAACAGCAAAAACAACAUCACGUGCACAGGCUGGGAGUGUGGAGUGCUGGAGAAAUGCAGUGUUCAGGAUGGGGUGCUGGGUUGUUACUCCCCUGGGAGAGCAUCCUGUCAGGUGGCAGGAGAUCCCCACUACUUCACCUUUGACAAAGUGAUGCACACCUUUUUGGGCACCUGCACCUACACCCUGCUCCAAGUCUGCAACAGCAGCAGUGUCGUUCCUGUGACCAUCAGUGGCAAAAAUGAAGAUCGAGGACAAAGAGGGGCCACGUAUCUCAAAGAGAUUUACAUUGACAUCUAUGGCAACCGAAUCACCCUUCAGAAGAAUAAGGCAAUCAUGCUCAAUAAGGAGAGAGUCCGAACUCCGGUAAAGAACCGAUUACGAGGCGUGUCCAUAGGAAAUGUGGGCAUUUACAUGGUGGUGGAAACUGACUUUGGACUGCUAGUGAAAUAUGAUGGAAAUCAGCACUUGGAAAUCAGCCUCCCAGAAUCUUACUUCUCCAAGGUAUGUGGCAUGUGCGGUAACUAUAACGGCCAGCGUGGAGAUGAGCUGCUCAUGCCCAAUGGCGUGCAGGCUAACAACGUCACGCAGUUUGGAAACAGCUGGAAAGUGCAAGCCGACAGUGACGCGGGCUGCUUGCCAGACACACGAGAAGAGCUGGGCCCACCUUGCACUGCAGAGGAGAAGCCAGGCAUUGAAACCCAGUGCAAUGUUUUAAAGUCGGACACCUUCAAACCAUGUCACCAUCUGGUCGAGCCUGACCUCUUCAUCCAGACCUGCAUCUACGACAUGUGUAAAUAUGAUGGCAUGCUGUCCACUCUCUGUGCCAUCACACAGGCCUACGUGGACACCUGCAAGAAGCAAGGAGUCGUCAUUAAAUGGAGGACCAACACAUUCUGCCCAUUGCCUUGUCCAUCCAACAGCUAUUACACUGACUGUGCAUCUCCCUGCCCAGCCACAUGUAAUAAUAUGUAUGCGUCCUCCCUCUGUGAAAAGCCAACAGAAUGCACAGAAGGUUGUGUUUGCAAUGAGGGUUACGUGCUUAGCGAUGACCAGUGUGUACCACUGAGCGAGUGUGGCUGCAGAGAUGAUGAAGAUAACUACUACAGCGCUGGGGAGAGCUGGAUAAGUCCCCACUGCACCCACAAAUGCAAGUGUCAGAAGGACAAUACCAUCAAGUGCCAGCCCUAUGGCUGCGAUACUUGGGAGAUCUGUUUCCUCAACAACAAGGGGAAAUACAAAUGUAAACCGACAGGCUUUGGGAAGUGCCUCGUCAUUGGCGAUCCACACUACCUGACGUUUGAUGGGUUGAUGCAUCACUUCCAAGGCAAAAAUACGUACAUGCUGUCUCAGACUGUCUCCAGCAUCCCCGACCGCCUGCCAUCCUUCAGCAUUGAGGGAAAGAACAAGCUUUACCCUAGAGUGUCCCACAUUUCUUUCCUCCAGGAGAUCCGUGUCAGUGUUUACAAUCACACAGUGUGGUUCAGGCAGAAGAAGCAACUUGUGCUGGAUGGAGUGAAAACCAUCCCCCCUGCCCAGCCUCAUGAAGGUCUUCGCAUAUACCAGAGACCAACGAGAAUUUACAUGGAGACAGAUUUUGGCUUAUCGCUCAGCUAUGAUGGUGCUGAAAACUUAGAUAUAACCCUGGCCAACACCUACAAGGACAAAGUCGAAGGCUUGUGCGGCAACUUUGAUGGGAAGUAUAAAAAUGACUUUACCAAGCCGGAUGGCACUCGAGUGAGGGACGUGGAUGUGUUUGGGGAGAGCUGGAAAGUCCCCGUCAAAAGAACAGUCUCCCGGCGCAGGCGAGAAGUCACUUCAGACGAGGAGCUUGACAACGUCGAGUUAAACACAGGGCUCUCCAGAGGCUGCAAUCCCAGUGAACUGAGUCUUGUGAACUCCACUUCUAAGUGUGGGAUUCUUACCGAUCCCAAAGGUCCCUUUGGAAAGUGUCAGUCCAAUGUCUCCAUCGAGUUCUUCCAGAUGGGCUGUGUCUUUGACCUGUGUGUGGAAGCCGAGAACAGCACUGUGCUGUGUCGACACCUGGAGCAGUACGCGCUGGCCUGUCAGGAGAACGGGAUCGCGUUGGGCAACUGGAGAGCGCAGACGCCUUGUGAGAUGCAGUGUCCCCCAAACAGCAAGUACAGCAGCUGCAUGACUGCAUGCCCCAAUUCCUGCAGCAACCUGGUAGCCUCCUCCGAGUGCGAGUCGCCCUGUGUCGAAGGCUGCGAAUGCCUCCCUGGAUACGUUCUCAGUGGCUAUGACUGCGUGCCCUACAAGGAGUGUGGCUGCAGCUUCCUCAACACAUAUUAUAAGGCUGGAGAAACGUUUGUGACUGACGACUGCUCUCAGACUUGUGAAUGCACAACAAGUUCCAGCGUUGCCUGCACCAGGGCAGCGUGUGCACGCAGCGAGAUCUGCGCCGUCGCUAACUUCACUCGCGGAUGCUACAUACCUGGCCCGUGUCUGCAGAAUCUUUGCGAGAAUGGUGGGACUUGUAUUGAGGAUACAAGUGAAUCCAGCAACAGCUCUUCUAACUUCAAUUGUGUGUGCCCUGACGGAUACGAGGGACCUCUCUGUGAGGCUGAAACACAGGACGAGCCAAGGAAACCUGGCAACUCUCUGGUCUACAUCAUUGUGGGAGUUUCAGCAGGAAUCCUCGUCCUCGCGGCGAUCGUCGCCCUGGUUGUGUGCAGAUCCAAGUCAAGAAUGAACAGGAAAAAGUCACUGGAAUUCCCCAGAAGGAGGAAUUCAUCUUUGACCCAAUCAAGGGAUGCGCUGGACCAGAACUCUCACGUGCCAGACUACAGCUACAUGAUCAAUGCUGCAUUUGAUCAGGAUGAAAAUCAGUCACAUUCUAAUUAGGGGCAUUUUUUAUUUCCAUCUGAUUUUUUUUUUUGCUGUUGUAUUCUAAUAAGUGUUUCUAACCCUUUCCUGAGCAAUAAUAAUUUAUAAUA